CAGUUGAGGAAGAAGAGUGGGAGGAGGGAGUCAGGACCCAGACCCACAGUGGGUCAGUGUUUAAAGAACUAGGUUGUGGAGGAGACUGGGCUGUGAGCAUUCAGGCUCUUGGGACGGGACUUGAAGGGAUCGGGCUCGGAGAAGAUGCGGCUGUGGGAACCCAGGCUCUGAAUGAGACUUAGAGAACGGGAACGGAGUGAGUUCUUCGGCAUCUGAGGGAAAGCGGUCCGAGAGGGACAGGAUUGUGAAACCCGUACUUUUUGGAAGAAAGGGUCGGAACGAAACUGGGCGUGAAGACACGCUUCACAGAGUUGAUUGGCCUUGGUCCUCACAGCUCCAAAAAGAAACAAGAUCUCGAUAAGCUCUAUGAGCUGAAGUCCAAAGCUCGGCAGAUUAUGAACCAGUUUGGCCCCUCAGCACUUAUCAACCUCUCCAGUUUUUCAUCCAUAAAACCGGAACCAGCCAGCAACCCUCCACAGGGCCCCAUGGCCAAUAGCACCACUGUGGUAAAGAUACCAGGCACUCCUGGGACAGGAGGUCGUCUUAGCCCUGAGAGCAAUCAGGUUUUGACCAAGAAGAAGUUACAGGACUUAGUAAGAGAAGUGGAUCCUAAUGAACAGCUGGAUGAAGAUGUGGAGGAGAUGCUGCUGCAGAUCGCUGAUGACUUCAUCGAGAGCGUGGUGACAGCUGCCUGCCAGCUUGCUCGGCAUCGCAAGUCCAGUACCCUGGAGGUGAAGGACGUCCAGCUGCACCUAGAGAAUGGCAUUGAUCCGGAAAACAACCAAGAAAUAACACACAGAAAGGUCAGGGUAUGGACCUGUCCAAUGUAUUUGGAGAUAUUUGAGCUGAGACCUCAGCCAUCUCAUCCUUGGAGUUUUGUUUUUUUUUUUAAUGCUUUACAGAGAAGCAUAUAUUUUUUAUUAACAGUGCAGCAAUAUCUAUAAUGACUGAGAGGAUCUGCCAAAAGAAUAAAGCCUCCUACCCCAAUUUCCAGUUCCUUUUCCCUGCCGUCUUAAAGAGGAGCAGUAUAUCUUCCAGAGAAGAUUUUAUUUGUGGUUUAUUAUAUAAGUGAUUGAAUAUGGGACGAAACAUUAUGGUUUUAUUGGAUGAGACAGUAUUAGGAUUUGUAGAGGGUUUUGUUUCCUCCUCCCUCCCCCUUUUCCCUGUACUUUGUAAUGUCAGUGUUUAUAUGAAUAUGAAUUUGAUUUGCUUUUCCAGAAUAAAGAAGUUAUUAAUUGAAAGACA